UUCAUCAAACCAACAUUCAUCGCCAUGAGAGCUUUCGCGACCAGUCUCCUGCUGGCUAUUGUCAGCAGUGCCUUCGCCGGCUACCUGCGCCCUUCCUAUGGCUACGGUUAUGGCGGCUCCUACGGCUAUGGCCUCGGCGGCUCCAACGCCGUCGCCGGAUCCCCCCUAGUCUCUAAGGUGGCAGCUUACCACGCCGCCCCCUCCUACUCCGGCUACUACCAGACUGCUCCGUUCGGGCUGGCCAAGUACGCAACCUAUCACGGCGCUCCGAGAGUCACGGCUGUUCCAGCGCAUCCAGCGUAUGCCCCAUAUCGGUCUGCGCCUGCUUUUACUAGUGUCUACCAUGGGGCUCCCAUCUACGCCGUCGCUUCUACAGUCUCCGGGUUGAACAGAUACGCCAGCUACAGCGCAGCACCUGUUCUUUCCGCCUACCACGCAGUGCCGGCAGUGUCCGGGUUUGCCAAGUAUGCCGCAUACAAUGCGGCUCCUUUAGCUACUUACCACGCAGCCCCCGCUGUUGCCACCUACCACGCUGAUCCUGCCGUGGCCGCUCUCCAGGGUGUCUCCAGGGUCUCCAGGGUUGAUCCAUUCCACGCAAGCCACCAGACCACUGUUCACGCGACUCCAGCCGUGGCGGCCGUUCACGCUCCACUGUCUACCGUUGCCCACGUUCCGGCCUACGGAGUUUACGGAUACGGAGUUGGCGCUUUAGGAUAGGGUCAUGGACUCAGCGCUCUAGGAUACGGGCAUGGUCUGUCCACUUAUGGACACAACUACGCAUAUGGUCUGGAUGGCCUUAACUACAAGGUUCUCGCCCACAGAAAAUAAACGAACGUACGAAGAUUUCAAGAUAUACACAUACCUUGCAGGCUACUCAAGUGUGACUCUCCC